UGAAGCCACCUCGAAAUACAACACACUACUUUCUUAGUUUAUGAGAAGAGGAAGAACCCUCCUUUCAUAGCCCUCUCUUUACUCACUUUCCUCCCUGCCUCCUUCGGGUGCUAACAUUUCUCCCAUAAGGUAAAGUUUUCAAUUAAAAAUGUUUGGUUUUUUCAUUAUUCUUCCAAUUCCCAUAACCUUUUUUUAGUUUUGAAAGGAUGUGGUGUUGAAUCAGCAAUUCUUUAAGGAUUUGUAGGACUAUAAAGGGGUGCUUCAUCAAAAGGUAAGCAUGGCCUUGUCCUUUUCUUGUGCCAUCACAAAGCCACUUUUGAGGGACAACAGCAGUUUGGCAAUGCAAUAUAGAAGCUUGAAUUAUCAACUUAACAUACCCAAUAAAUUGGUAACAUGUAUAAAGUGUGAAUCAAAAGAGUCUUCAGAGGAGGACAAAGAGUUGCAAGCAAAAUGUUCCAAGUUGAAGUUAGGGUCUCCCAUCAUUGUUAUUGAAGCUCCCAAAAUGAUCAAGACUGCAGCUACUGUCCCAUGUCUCAGGGUCAAUUCUGGAUUGGUUAAGCCUGGUGACGUGGGAAGGUAUUUCACUUCAUUAUCCAAAUCUACUUAAGUCAUUCAUAAUUUUGUUUCACUUCAAUUGGAAAAUUCAAUUCUCCAAAUAUAUGUGUUAAUUUCAUUUACAGAAGUAGUAAUAAUUCUUCAAAGUCUAAAAAAAAGUAUAUUUAAGAAAAUUAUAAUUAUAGAUUUUUUUUUCAACGUACUCUAACAUUAAUAUAUACUCGUAGUUUGAUUCUGAUAUAAAAAUUUGUGAACAUCUAAUGCUUUAAUGGCAAUUGGGUUAUCAUUUCCUGCAGAAUUGUUUCAAGAAAACCCAAAGAUGUGUGGGCAGUGAGACUUAGCAUUGGAACUUAUCUUAUAGAUGGAAAAUAUUUCAAGCCCUUGGAUUUGGCUGAGUAUAACUGAGAAAUUGUUCUUAAAAGACCUUGUAUGUAAAACACCUUCCAUUCAAUGCCAAUUAUGCCCAAUGGCAUACAAUAUAUUUUUGUAUAUUUUUACUGCAUGGUAAAUUAGUUGAGCAAAUUAAAUGAUAUUAAUGAUUGUAGUUUUUCUUUUUUCAGUACAAAUUUGUUUAUGGUAUAAAUACUAUUUUGAAGAUACCACGCUUCAACCUUAAUCCUUCUUAAAUUGUUUAGCUAAUGGUGUGUUUAGAUCCAUGUCAAAUCACUUAAAUAUAAAUUUAUUUCACAGCUAUAUUUUAAUUAUGCCUUUAUUUUAAAAUGUGAUUUAAUGUAAUUUUAGUGAAUUUAUAUAUACAUCAUGUCAAACAAGGGUGUAUCUUUUGGAUCAUUAAGUUGCUCACCAUUUGAUCUAUCAUUCAACACAAUUUUAUUAUUUUAUAAUUUAAUGAAGCUGAUAUUUUAUGUUAUAGAAUUUCUUGAAACUAAAUUUUAUAAGUUAUUUUUAAAUAAAUUAAUAAACUAAUUUUAUAAAUAUUUAUUUCUUGAAAUUUACAGUUAGCUUGUCAAUCAUCUAUGAAAAUAUACAAGAGAUGUUCUUGUGCAAGGGAUGACAGUUGGGCUUAUGGCCUAUUUUCCUAUGAAAAUUUCCAAGUGCUUUUACUAGAUUUAGACUGGUGCACUCCCCGGACAAAAUAAUCAUUGUUUUUUCUUAAUUUAUUGUAAUAGAAAGUGAGAUAAAAAGUAUGUGAAAUAUAAUAAUUUUAUAUUAAAAUUUUUCAAAAGUUUAUCUGCUGCUCUGUGAUUGAUCACAGGCAUAGAAGCCUAUCAACUUCUUCUAUGGAUAAUUACACUCCCACUUUUCUGGAUUCAUCAUAUAUAUUUAGGUAUGGUCACAUCGGAAGUUGUGAGCCAAUUUUCAGUAAAAGAUUAUUUAAUAUAUCUUCGUGCAUGCUUUAAAGAAACAGUGGUUCAGACCAAAACUUUUUGCUUCAACCAAAAGUAUAUAAUAGUUGCUUUGUUUCCUGUGAGAACUUAGGCCAUAGGCUCUGUAUUCGAAGUGAUUUUUGUAAUAAAUAAUAAGUACAUUACCGAUAUCAAGACCCACCAGUUUACAGUUUCAAGUUUCCUCUGCCACUCUCAAUGCCGCAGAAGCAGAAAAGGCGCGCUCAUGUGGAGGAUCCACAGCUACCACCAUCUUCACAAGAACUCCAAAUAGAGGAAGAAGAAGAGGAGGAAGAAGAAGAAGAACAACAAGAACAACCACCACCUUCGGAAGAAGUAGCUUCCACCAAUGUUGAAGAAGGAGAAGAAGAAAACCCGUCACCCCCUCCCUCUAACUCCCACUCGGAGGCAAAAGAAUCCAAGCGAGACGCCGAGAACGACUCGCCCGUGGACGAGGGAAGACUUGCCAAGAAGAAGGCAACAGCAACGGAUGGUUCAGAGGAGGAAAAUGUGAAGAAGACAAAGAAGUUUCAGAGGAUAUGGAGCGAGGAAGACGAGUUGGCUAUUCUCAAGGGCAUGGUUGACUUCACUUCCAAGACUGGCCAAGACCCUUUUAGACACGCCCAUGAUUUCAACGAUUUCGUUAAGGAAUCGGUUCACGUCCAUGCUUCUACCAACCAACUCAAGGAGAAGAUUCGAAGGCUGAAAAGGAAGUUUGAGAUCAAUUGCAUCAAAGGGAAGAGCGACGAGCACGAAGACCCAAAGUUCUUCAAACCGCACGACCACAGAGCUUUUGAGUUGUCCAAAAGGGUUUGGGGAACUCAUGUGAAAGCUCCCAAGAAGAAACUCGUAGCCAAAUCCCAUGCUGGCCCCGUUUUGAUGGAAUCUGGAAAGAUGGACGUUGAUUCAGAGCCUAUUGGGGGUUCAAGUUGGCCUUUGAGAGAAAUGUUUUGUUUUCAAAGUGGGUAUCGAGUGAGUGAAGAUGAUGCAAAGAGGGGUUUGGAGUUAAUUGGAGAAUCCAAGAGGUCUGAAAUGGAGUGCAAGUGGAACAAGUUACGUGCUGCUGAAAUGAAGCUGCAUGCAGAUCGUGCUCUUCUCGUUUGGGAGAACACUAGUUUGAUAUUGGAGGCGCUUUACUCAUCCGACCAUUAACUAGGAUUCUAAAUUUCUGGGCUUCCAAGGUGAUUAUCUACCAUAUGUUUUGUGGAUCUAUCCUCCAUGCAUUCUGCUUUUGUGCCUAUCCUUUAGUCUUUUUGUUUCUAACAAUGUUGCUUAGUGUUAGUGUCAUGAUGAUGUUUUGCAAAAACCUGAUCUCAUUCUCAAUGUUUAUAACUCCCGUGUAAGUGAUGCUUUUUUGGAGAAAUAUUAAAUGAUAGUGACACCAAUUAGGUGCCCUUUAAGCCUGAAAUGUUUCAUGGGUUUAGAAGAGGCGUGCCAAUAACUUCUCUUUCCAUGGACUUCAUCAAUUCAAGGGGGAUGAGGGACCCUAAAAAUAUUGGCAUAAAAUUCCAAAUGAUGAACCAAUGUGUUCCUUGCUUUAUUUUCUUUGUAAACCUACUGCCCUACCAGCAAUAGCAAUUUGCAAACAAUGAUUAAAUAGCUAUGUGUGUAAACCAUAAGAAUGAAUUCAUUAAGGAAGACCAGAAAAAAUGGCUUGAGAAAAUAAGAGAGGAAAUGACGGAUUCGACUAAAAUAUGAUACCCAUAAGCUGUGGUAAAAUUUUGGCUUAUUGAAUGACUGAGGUGACAACAAUAUAACUCGCCUCUCAACUUUUAUAUAUUAAUUAUUAAAAUAUAGACAGAUUCUAUAUUCUUCAAGAAAAAUUCUAAUCUAGAGUUUCAUGAUUAUUGCUAUUAUCCAUCCUUUACAAUAGCUUUUUGGAAUUUUCUAAUAUCUGACUUUUUUACAAGAUUUUGUUACUUCUAGAAAUAUGAAUCAGGCUUGAACAAAAUAUACAGGAAAUGAACGGCAAAAAAUUGCAACUUGUUACAACGUCAUGAAGUAUAAAAGCACCAAGGGAUACGAACAAUAGCAAAUAAUACCACAACAGAAGCAGAGCACAACUUAAUACAAACACAACCUAAAUCAGCAAUCUAAGGGGGUUAGCUCAAAUGGUAAAAUUCAUAAGCAACAUAUUCAGUGGUUCGACUGUGUUAAAAGGAUUAAAUUCAUUAAAGAAAAAAGCAACAACUGAGGAGCCUACAGUGAAGGAGCGGGUGAAGUUUCAUACCGAAGACAAAGAAAUCAUGGGAAAAUUAUGGUUUCUGGCGUAGUCCUCCUCCUCUUUGACGCAGGAAGAAGCUGUUCUUGGUCAUCUUCAUUUUCAUUAUUGAACCCUCCAACACCAUUUGCUUUAAGUUGUGACUCAUUAUCAAUGGUUUGAGUAAUGAAUUCGGGU